UAUAGCCUCUCUCUUUCUCUUGCAAACUCACUCAUAUUAUAAUUUUCCAUAAAUCAAACCUUGUUUUGUUUAGUAUAUACUCAAAAUGGCACAACCUCAAGUCCAAGUCCACUCAACAGCAGCACACCGUCCCGAAACUGGUUCCUACCCAACCCAACAAUACCCUAGCAAAGAAGUUUUUACCUAUCCACAAUACCAACAUCGUUCCGACAACGAUGGUGGUAUAAUUAGGUCUCUCUUUUCUGAUACAGGUUUUUCAACCUCUCAAAUUCUCGCAAUUUUCAUAGGAGUUCCUAUAAGUGGUUUACUUCUUUUUCUAGCUGGCAUUUCACUUAUCGUCAGUUUAAUUGGACUGGCGAUAGUGACACCACUUUUUGUACUUUUUAGCCCAGUUUUGCUUCCGGCUAUCUUUACCUUAGGGCUAGCGGUGGUCGGAGUAUUGAUAGCCGAUGCUUGCGGGUUGACGGGACUGAUGUCGUUGUCAUGGACACUGAAGUACUUUAGGGACUUACAAGGGGUGGUGCCGGGGCAAGUAGACUACUUGAAGGGUAGUGUGGCUGACGUGGCAGGAUAUGUUGGACAAAAGACUAAGGAUGUUGGACAAAAGACUAAGGAGGUAGGACAAGACAUACAAGCAAAGGCACAUGAAACUAAGAGAUCAACAUGAAAGAAAAUCAAAAGUAUAGUGGUUAAUUUCAAUCUUAGUACUAGUUAAAUAUGGGAAAGUAAAUAAAUCAAGUAUGCACUUUGGUGCUCUUGAGGACUUUUUUUGUUUGUUUUAUUUUAGUGUUAUUGUGGUUUGUUUUGUUGUUGCAUCACUUGUGUUGUAUUGUAUGCAUAUGUUUAUGUCGUUGUGGAUGUAUAAUGUAUUUAAUUUGUUCACUUGGAUUGAAUAGUUGAAUUUUAUGUGUUGCAAUUACUCAAA